AUGACCGGAUUAUUCCCCUCGAUCCCUGUCCCGUCGAUGCUGCUCGCCCCCCUUGCCAGGCCCACCGCGGCCCUGGCGCGCAGCACCAUUCUCUCGCUCUUCUCCAAGCUCACCGUCGGCUCGCUCGAGAUCCGUCAUCUCGAUGGCACCACGCAACGCUUUGGCGAUCCCACACUGGUCAAGAGCAAGCAGCACUCCGCUUCGUCCACCACCCCGACGUCUUCAUCCAUCCCCCAUGCCGUUUUGGAAGUCAAAUCCGACGCCUUCUGGACGCGCAUGUUCUUCGGGGCCGACCUAGGUUUCGCCGAAGCCUACAUGAUCGGUGACGUCUCGACACCCGACCUCGCUGCGGUAUUCGAUCUGUUCAUCCUCAACCGUUCCUCGCUGUCCAACCUGGAAUCCGUCAGUGUCGCAAGCAAGCUCGUCAGCGCCACCCAAGGGAUGCUCAACAAACGCUAUGCAAACACAAAGGUCGGCAGUCUCCGCAACAUCGGCGCCCACUACGACAUUUCCAAUGCCAUGUAUCAGGCGUUUUUGAGUGCCGACAUGACGUAUUCGUGUGCGGUGUUCGACACGUUGGAUGCGGAUACGAACGGGUUGCUGCUGGAAGGGUUGAACAAGACGGUUCGCGGAGAGCGGGGGACGGCUACCAACGGACACAGCAAGGAGGCGGAAGGAGUGUUUGAACCACUGCGUUUCACGGGCGAUCUGCCGACGCCGCCGUCAGAGAUUGAGGCCAUCCCGGGCAAAGAGUACGACGAGCUGGAGGAGGCGCAGAAGACCAAGCUGCGUCUCAUCAUCAAGCGCGCCAACAUCCGUCGGGGCGAUCGCGUGCUCGAGAUCGGCACCGGCUGGGGAUCGUUUGCGAUGGAAGCGGUGCGAACUACCGGUUGCACGGUCGACAGUGUCACCCUCUCGGUCGAACAGAAGGCGCUGGCGGAACAGCGCAUCGCCGCGGCGGGGAUGGAGGGCAAGAUCCGCGUCCACCUGAUGGACUACCGCGAUUUCCCCAGCAGCUGGAACGACAGCUUCGACCGCGUCUGCUCGAUCGAGAUGCUCGAAGCGGUUGGGAUCGAGUUCCUGCCCACGUACUUUGGGUGUGUCGAUCGCGUGCUGAAGCGCAAUGGGGGAGUUGCGGUUUUCCAAUGCAUCACCAUGCCCGAAUCUCGCGCAGAGGCAUACUACAAGGGCGUCGACUUCAUCCGCAAGUGGAUCUUCCCAGGUGGCGUUCUUCCCAGCGUCACCUCUUUGGUCAACGGCGCGACCGACGGAAGCAACGGCAACCUCAUCCUCGACACGCUCGUCUCCAUCGGUCCGCACUACGCACGCACCCUCCGAGAGUGGAAGAACCGCUUCGAGGCCCAAUUUGACGACGUCAUCCGCCCCGCCCUGCUCCGGGAUCACGACGAGAUCAGCCGUCUCCCCGAGGCGCAGAAGCAGAAGGAAGUCGAUGUGUUCCGCCGAAAAUGGAUCUACUACUUUGUUUACUGCGAGGUGGGCUUCACCCACAGGGUGAUCAACGAUCAUAUUCUGGCGUUUACCAGGGAGAACAACACCACUCUGCCCGUCUGCUCCGGCUAG